AAAAAGAAUUGCUUGAAUUGUGUGGGCGUGAUUCGCGAUUGGAUCUAACGGGAAAAAUAAAAAAAUUAAUUCAGCUCGGAGUUAACUUGAACGCAAAGGACAGAGACGGAAGGAAUGCACUUCAUCUUUUGUGUCGGUACUAUUCAAACCCAAAAUUAAUCGACACAAUCAAACUCGUAAUCGGAAGCGGAAUCGACGUGAAUGCAAGAGACAACGAUGGAAUGAAUGCCAUUCAUUAUUUGUGUCGAUACAAUUCAAGCCAAAACUUAAUUAACGGAAUUGAAAUCUUGAAUCAAUCCGGAAUCGAUUCAAAGGGAAUAACCAACGAUGGAUCAAAUGCGCUCCAUUAUUUAUGUCGAUACAAUUCAAACCCAAAUUUACUCGACGUAAUUGGUAUUUUUGGUGCAUUGGGAGUGGAUGCGUACGCUAAGGACAAAGAUGGAUGGAAUGCGUUUUAUUAUUUGUAUAAUAAAGAUAAAAAGGAAAUGAAAAUUUGGACCGAUCGGGCUUCUCCAAUAGGGAGCGGUGCCUUUGGUACGGUAUUCAAAGGGAAGUUCGGAGGUCAAGAAGUGGCAGUCAAAAGAGUUGAAUUGCUUAAAGUCGACAAAAGAGAAGAGGAAGCAAUGCUAAAGCUAAAUCAUCCAAACGUCGUCAAGCUUUUUCACUGUGAAGAGGACAUAAACUUUAUGUACUACGCCUUGGAAUUAUGUGUCGCUUCAUUAGAUCAACUUUUCCUGAAGCCGGAUGAUCCCAGAAAAUACAACGGACGUAUUCCACCUCGUAUCGAAGUUUUCCAUCAAUUAGCUGCAGGCCUUGAAUACAUCCACUCGAUGAAAUUAAUUCAUCGAGACAUCAAACCGGGCAACAUCCUCAUUACGCGUCGUACUCGUCUUCCCAUAAUAAUCAAAUGGUCUGAUUUUGGACUGGCCAAAUCCGUAAACGAAAAGGGACUUCACUCGUGGUCUGGAGUGAGAGGAACCAGAACUUGGUGGGCACCCGAAGUGCUGGAAAAACUCAACAACGAAGAAAACGCGGAAAACGAAGAGUUUUGGGGCACGGUCAAGAGCGAAGUGUUUGUCCUCGGCCUCGUCUUUGGUUAUAUUUUUUUGAAGGGAGAACAUCUAUACGGUUCAAGUGAAAAAGAAAUUCAUGAUAACAUAAUUGGAGGACGUGCGGUGAAUAUGAAGAAUAUUGAUGCCGAAUUGCGCAAAUAUUAUGCGGAUGACUUACUAACGAAAAUGUUGGAACACGAUUCGGUAAAAAGAAUAAGUUCGAAAGAAGUCGUCGAACAACUGAAAUCCAUCACGAAAAAGCUGACUGAAAAAGCAAAAGAAUUUCGACAACUUUGUGCGCGUGACUCUUUGUCUGAUCUAAAAGGAAGAGCCAACGACUUCAUUCGCAUUGGAAUCGAUAUGAAUGCAAAGGACAAUGAUGGAAGGAAUGCGCUCCAUUAUUUGUGUUUAUCAGAUUCAAGCCCAAAUUUAAUUGACGCCAUUCAACUCUUAAUCCAACCGGGAAUUGAUGUGAAUGCAAAGGACAAUGUUGGAAGGAAUGCGCUCCAUUAUUUGUGUAAAUCAAAUUCAAGCCCAAAUUUAAUUGGCGCCAUUCAACUCUUAACCCAACUCGGAAUUGAUGUGAAAACAAGGAAGAGAUGGGGAAAGAAUGUGCUCCAUUAUUUGUGUAAAUGUAAUUCAAGCCCAAAUUUAAUUGACGCUAUUCAACUCUUAAUCCAACUGGGAAUUGAUGUGAAUGCAAAGAAAGAUAAUGGAAUGAAUGCGCUCCAUUAUUUGUGCGGAUGGAAUUCAAGCCCAAAUUUAAUUGACGCCAUUCAACUCUUAAUCCAACUGGGAAUUAAUGUGAAUGCAAAAGGCGAAAAAGGGAAGAAUGCGCUCCAUUAUUUGUGCGGAUGGAAUUCAAGCCCAAAUUUAAUUGACGCCAUUCAACUCUUAAUCCAACUGGGAAUUGAUGUGACUGCAAAGGACGAUGAUGGAAGGAAUGCGCUCCAUUAUUUGUGUGGAUGGAAGUCAAACCCAAAUUUAAUUGAUGCAAUCCAACUCUUAAUCCAACUCGGAAUUGAUGUGAACGCAAAAGGCGAAAAAGGGCAGAAUGCGCUCCAUUAUUUGUGUGGAUCAAAUUCAAGCCCAAAUUUAAUUGACGCCAUUCAACUCUUAAUCCAACUGGGAAUUGAUGUGAAUGCAAAGAACGAUAAUGGACUGAAUGCGCUCGAUUAUUUGUGUAAAUCAAAUUCAAGCCCAAAGUUAAUUAACGCCAUUCAACUCUUAAUCAAACUAGGAAUUGAUGUAAAAGUAAAGGACAGAUUUGGAAAUAGAAGGAAUGCGCUUCACCUUUUGUGUCGGUACUAUUUAAACCCUAAAUUAACCAACGCAAUUCAACUGGUAAUCGAAAGCGGGAUAGACUUGAAUGCAAAGGACAAUAAUGGAAUGAAUGCCAUUCAUUAUUUGUGUCGAUACAAUUCAAGCCAAUACUUAUUCGUCGCUAUUCAAAUUUUGAUUCAAUCCGGAAUCGACGUGAAGGCAAAAACUAACGAUGGAUCAAAUGCGCUCCAUUAUUUGUGUCGAGACAAUUCUAGCCUAAAUUUAUCCAAAGCAGCUAGGAUUUUGGCUGCAUUAGGAGUGGAUACGCUGGCAAAGGACAAACAUGGAUGGACUGUGUUGGAUUAUUGGUGUAAUAACGAGAAGAAGGAAUUGAAAAUUUGGAUCGAUCGCGCUGUUCCUCUAAUAGGGGAAGGUUACUUUGUCGCGGUAUUUAAAGGGAAAUUCGAAGGUCGCCAAGUGGCAGUAAAAAGAGUUGAAAUACGUCAUUUCAAGAAAAUAGAAGAAGAAGCUUUGCUAAAGUUAGAUCAUUGUGAUGAGGACAUAUACCGAAGAACGCCACCAAUUAGUUAGCUUAGCUAAUUAAUAGAUUCCAGCCUUGGAUGAUUCCACGGCGAACUAGUAUCAAACAGUUCUUCAUCCUCACGGAGCCUUCCCACGCCAAACCAGUAUCAGUCAGCUCUUCACCUCUACGAUCAGUUCGUCUUCACGUGAUCAUUGACGUCAAGAGUGACCUCAUAUUAACUGAUAAAAGCUGUGACAAGAAGGGGGCUCGGGGUCUGAGUUUAGUGCGUUAUAGUACAGUGUGUGUCUGUGUCCAGAGCGUUGAAGUGUAGUAGAGUUUUAGAGAGUCUUACAUUACA